AUGCCUAUAGACCACGCAAAACCACGAAGAGACCACGCAGACACCACGAAGAGACCACGCAGACACCACGAAGAGACCACGCAGACAGCACGAAGAGACCACGCAGACACCAAGAGACCACGAGAACCACGAAGAGACACGCAGACACCACGAAGAGACCACGCAGACACAGAAGAGACCACGCAGACACAAAGAGACCAGAGAGACACUGAAGAGACCACCAGACAAAAAAGGAAAGACCAGAAGAGACCAGCAGAACACGAAGAGACCACGCAGAAACCACGAAGAGACCACGCAGACACCACGAAAGACCACGCGGACACAACGAAGAGACCACGCAGACACCACGAAGAGACCAGCAGGACACCAAAGAAGGGCCAAGCAACACCAAAGAGGGCACGCAGACACCACGAAAGACCACCAAACACACAGGAAGAGACCACGCAGACACACGAAGAGACCACGCAGACACCACGAAGAGACCAGGAGAAGCAGGAAGAGACACGCAGACAGCACAGAGAGACCACGCAGAGACCACGAAGACACCAAGAGACACCACGAAGAACCACGGAAGACCACCAGAAGAGACCACGCAGACACCCCGAAGAGACCACGCAGACACCACGAAGAGACCACAAAACACCACGAAGAACCACGCAGACACCACGAAGAGACACGCAGACCCCGAAGAACCCGGACCACCAUACACCACUAAUAUACCACUCAUACAUCACUAAUAUACCACUCAUACACACUAAUAUACCACUCAUACACCACUGA